AUGACUCGAACAGUUCCAACCCUAGACAGAUCGCAUGUCGAUUUUCGGCAGUCAAUUAGAGGUCAAACGGCCAGGUUGCCCAACUUCUACUCUCUCUUUCCUGAGUGGAAACCUCGGCUUCAUCCAGAAUACAACCGUGCUCGUGAUGAAGUGAUUAAUCCGUGGAUUGAACGCUGGGUCCCUGAUGCAGACACAAGUCGCAAAUUCCAGAAGGCGGAUUUUGGCCGUUUCGCUGCCAUCAUGUGUGCAGAUGCGUCGUUUGAGAAGCUGUGCACUGUAGCUAAGGCGUUCGCAUGGUACUUUAUCUGGGACGAUUUAUUUGACUGCGGCUGCCUGACGCAUGAUAAGACAGCUAUUCCGGAAUACCGGGACAAGUCUAUGCAAUACUUCCGCACUGUUCUUUCCAGCAGGGAGGAUGCUACGGACCUAUCAGGAUGCUCAGACGAGCUGCAAAAGGCGCUAUUGUGCUGGGAUGAGGUGGCGGCCCACAUUCGAGCGGUUUGUUCCGAAGAAACCUGUGAGGUUCUACUGGAGAAUAAGCUGUUUUACGUAUCUAGCGUUGACACGGUCGAUACCAUCUGUCAUGGAGACUGUAUACCCUCCUUGGCGCAGUACUGGAGCCGUCGAGAACGCACCGCUGGAGUAUAUCCUGUUAUAGCUACUAUUCCGUUCAUUUAUGGGAUCGACGUCAGUAAACAAGAGCUCAGUGAUGAGCUGAUAGGAGUGCUAUUCAGACAUACCUCUUAUUUGGUACAUAUGAUCAACGACAUGUUCUCGCUCAGAAAGGAAAUUGCGGACAACCAGAUUGAGAACCUCGUUCCGAUCUUGAUGCUCAAUCAGAACAUCGACUGCAACAGCGCAAUGGAGCGCUCGAGCUUGCUUGUCCAGGAGGCCGCCUGUGAUUUUCACGAGGUGGAGAAACGUCUACGCGGACGGUCUCAGCAUGCACCCAAUCCUGUUACUGACAUGUUCCUGCAAGGGUGCAAGGACGUCGUUAUGGGAUUGACUCACUGGAGUUACACUGGACAACGAUACUUCAAGCAAUCAGAAAUAGGUGAUGACAACGUGAUUGAGUUUCGACUCUGA